UCUGUCGGGGAAGGGUGGCAGGAGGGUGCCACGUGGCCCCUGGGGGUGCUCUCGGCCCAGACCGGGAACCCAGGCAGAUGCCGCACUUCACCUCUGCGGAGAAGCCGGCCGGGCACUUCCCGGUCAGGGCGGCCAUUCGGGGCCCCGCCUGCCUGCCCGCCCCAGGAGAGAAGCCCCGGUCCCCACGUGGGGCCGUGGUGGCCCUGCCAGACCUGCGGGAGGUCCCCAGCUGCAGUUGGACUGGGAGGUGCUGUUUCUGCAGAGACGUUGGAGCCACAGUGUCCCCAGCGAUGGAGCCAGCUUGUCAGUCGGUGCUCCGCAGCUGGACUUCAGAGCUCAGCUUGACGCUGUCCGGCUGGAAACAGGGCACUCCAGGCCCCUGGGAUCCCGCCACGUGACAACCCCAAGCUGCUGCAGCCGCCCGGCCCCCCCGCCCCCCGCCGGGCACGGAGAUGCCCCAGCACGCCACGGGGGACAAGCCCUUCGCCUCCAUGCUGCCGCUCACCUUCCCCGGCCCGGCGUCCGCGUUGGAAAACGGGGUUGAGCACGCGCCCCCCGGGAGGCGGGCGUCCCCAGGCUCGCCCCUGAGCCCCGGGUCCCUGCGCUCCGCCGCGCACAGCCCCCCGGACGCCUGCAGCCAGCCCCUGUGCGACCUCGGGAAGCGGGGCGCCCACGAGAUGCGCUACGUCUCGGCCGGGCCGCAGAGCACGGCGUGCGGCUGGCGGGCCUUCGCGCCCGCGUGCCUGCAGGCCUUCAACACGCCCAAGGGCUUCCUGCUCUUCCUGUGCGCGGCCUCGUUCCUACAGGGCAUGACGGUGAACGGCUUCAUCAACACGGUGGUCACCUCCAUCGAGCGCCGCUUCCACCUGCACAGCUGCCAGAGCGGGCUGGUGGCCAGCGCCUACGACAUCGCGGCCUGCCUCUGCCUCGCCUUCGUCAGCUACUUCGGGGGCAGCGGGCACCGGCCGCGCUGGCUGGGCCGCGGCGUGCUGGUCAUGGGCGCCGGCUCGCUGGUGUUCGCGCUGCCGCACUUCGCCGCCGGCCCCUACGAGGUGCAGGUGGACGCCUGGGCGGCGGCCUGCCCGGCCAACCGGAGCACGGCGUGCGGGGACCGCACCUCAGGCCUGUCCAGCUACCGGCUGGUCUUCAUGCUGGGCCAGUUCCUGCACGGCGUGGGCGCCACGCCUCUCUACACGCUGGGCGUCACCUACCUGGACGAGAACGUCAAGUCCAGCUACUCACCCGUCUACAUCGCCAUCUUCUACACCGCGGCCAUCCUUGGGCCGGCCGCCGGCUACCUGCUUGGAGGCGCCAUGCUGAACAUUUACACGGACGUGGGCAGACGGACAGAGCUGACCACUGAGAGCCCGCUGUGGGUGGGUGCCUGGUGGAUUGGCUUCCUGGGCGCGGGGGCCGCUGCCUUCCUCAUCGCCAUCCCCAUCCUCGGCUACCCCCGGCAGCUGCCAGGCUCCCAGCGCUACGUGGUCAUGAGGGCGUCGGAGACGCAGCAGCUGAAAGACGACGGCCACGGGGCCACGAGCAGCCCGGACUUCGGGAAAACCAUCCGAGAUCUGCCCCUCUCCCUCUGGCUACUCAUGAAGAACCCCACCUUCAUCCUGCUCUGCCUGGCGGGGGCCACCGAGGCCACGCUCAUCGCCGGCAUGUCCACGUUCGGCCCCAAAUUCCUCGAGUCCCAGUUCAGCCUGAGUGCCUCGGAAGCUGCCACCUUGUUUGGGUACCUGGUGGUGCCGGCGGGCGGCGGCGGCACGUUCCUGGGCGGCUUCUUCGUGAACAGGCUGAAGCUCCGCGGCCCCGGCGUCGUGAGGUUCUGCCUGCUGUGCGCCCUGGUCGGGCUGCUGGGCAUCUCCGUGUUCUCCCUGCACUGCCCCAACGUGCCCAUGGCGGGCGUCACGGACAGCGACGGCGGCAGCCUCCUGCUCGAAGGCCGCCUGAACCUGACCAUGCCCUGCAACGUGGCCUGCGCCUGCCGGCCCGAGCACUACAGCCCUGUGUGCGGCUCCGACGGCGUCAUGUACUACUCGCCUUGCCACGCGGGGUGCCGCGCAGCCUCCCAGACCGGCCCGGGCGGCCAAAAGGUGUACCGAGACUGUAGCUGUCCUCAGAAUCUGUCCUCUGGUCUGGGCCAGGCCACCGCAGGGACAUGCUCUUCCGCUUGUCCGAGAAAGCCCCUCCUCCUGGGUUUCGUUUUCGUUGUAAUUUUCUUUACGUUCCUCAGCAGCAUCCCCGCGCUCAUGGCAACGCUACGGUGUGUCUGUGACCGGCAGAGAUCCUUUGCGCUGGGAAUCCAGUGGAUUGUAGUUAGAACACUAGGGGGCAUCCCAGGGCCCAUCGCCUUCGGCUGGGUGAUCGACAAGGCCUGCCUGCUGUGGCAGGACCAGUGCGGCCGCCAGGGCUCCUGCCUGGUGUACUGGAACUCGGCCAUGAGCCGCUACAUGCUCAUCAUGGGGCUCCUCUACAAGGUGCUGGGCGUCCUCUUCUUCUCGGCCGCCUGCUUCCUGUACAAGCCCCUGGCAGCAUCCUCAGACGGCCUGGAAGCUUCCCUGCCCAGCCAGUCCUCGGCGUCCGGCAACCCCACGCCCCUCCAGCUCCGGAGCGACGAGGUCUGACCACCCACCUGCCCCACACGGGGACACCGAAGCCCCUCACGUUUCCCGCGCCGCGCACACGGCCUGCCACGGCGGUGAGGGGCCCGCCCCUCCCGAGAGCUGCAGGGCUGAGGGCCGGGCGUUUGCGCUGGAUCCGGGGCCACAGCGGGGUCCUGUCGGAGCCUGAACCGGAAAAGGCACCGAGAGACAGCGAUGUGAGGCGCGUCCCACGUGAGCCGCGCGCCGCCCCCACGGUGCUUCUGGGCGGGGCCGCUGCGUCGCGAGGACGCCUGCCCGGCCCCCACUUCCCUGGGCGACUCCCGCGCAUGGGACCUUCCACGUGACCCGUGGUUUACGGUCUGCUGUGACCGCCCGUCCCCAGAGCUGAGCAGCCCGCCGUGGGAGCAACGUGCAGAGACAGACACGUGUGGACCGUGUUUUUCACAGAUCGUAUUUACAGAGCUGUUUUGUACCCGGCCGCGUGGCGUGGGCAGGCGUGGGCAGGUGUGGGCAGGUGUGGGCAGGGGCUCUGGGCCCAGCCCCAGACGUGGACUGUGUCCCCCUGCGGGAUGUCUCUUUCUGCGUGUCCUUAGUUAAAACUCCGCACAUGUGAAUAUAUUUUAUUACUUAAACCAGA